AUGGGCUUUGAAUUAGUUGUUGAUGUCGCGUGUGAAGGUUUAUAUGAGGCGAUUACGCGUACUCUCAGUAUAAUACGCUUGGGCUCUCGGUGCCUUCAAGUCAGGGAAAGUCAGAAUAUGAUUUCUAAUUCUGUUCUUGUAAUUAACGACGAUAUAAUCUCUCUACUGCUUUUGUUCAUUACGUUUAAUGAUUUUAUGCUCAUGCUACGCCACAAUUGUGUCCGGAAUUAUUUGCAAGCUAUAUACGAUGCGUCAAAGUGUCCGGUGUAUGUGAUUAUGCUUGGACAAUUAACAUGUCCCAGGCAGUCCCGCUUUUGGGAAGAAGUCUCUCGCCUGUGUGCGGAUGAUUCUUUUUUAACCAUUUUAGUCGGAUUUGAUUGUGCUCCUUCCUUUGAGCAAGCAGCUGACAUUGUUGUGGCUCACGGCCUUAAGGCAAGCAAACAACAAUCAGAAGCGGACCCACUGGUUCGGGUAGACGGAAGACGGAAGUGUGAUCCAACGGAUUUUCACGCCCUUUACCUCGAUAUGCUCUUGGAGAUAUCAUCUGUUUCCGAAAGACGAGCUUCCGUCAUUGCAGGAGCCUUUCCUUCUAUAUCUCACCUUUUGGAAACUAUUGAUUCGGGUGUGCAUCACAGGGUUCAGGUAGAGGAGUAUUAUGAAACUAGAGCCACUAGUGUGCUAGAUCCCUACAUUUCCGAGGUGCUCUCCACGGACUACAGCACUGUGGAAGCGCAGGAGAUAAUGAACGCCAUGCUGGAAGAGAGUCAGAAUUUUUUUUUGUAA